UCCACACAAUUUUUAUUCAAUUCCCUCUCUUUCUCUCUUCAUACAAAGACAGUCACAACCCUUAUAGACAUAGAGUACAUCAGCUCCUCUGCUGUCUUUCUCAUGCUGUAGUCCUUUGCUUGACAGGGGUAAAUAGACAAAUUAUCUCUCUCUCUCUCUCCCUCUCCCCUUUUCUAAGACAGAGUAAAAGAUAGAUACAUGAUGAUGAACAGCUAAAUUUGCUGCCUUUCCAAAUGCUAGUUGGCUAGCUCUGGCUUCUGAGGGGGUGGAAAAAGAAGAAAAAAGAAAGAGAAAAAACACACAUGGGGUGUUUUAAUUUCUCACUAACACUGAUUUUGUGCUUGCACAGGUGAAACUGAUGCUGAGAAACAUGGAAGUGGUGAAGCUGUUUUCAAAGGAUACACCUUAGAGAUAAAUGGUGCAUGUGUCAUUCUCAAGUUCUUAGACCCACCAUCAAGCUCUUGAGGCUAGGGUUGUCCGGUGCAAUUUACUAAGCUCUAAGAUGUUUCCUUCCAACAUCAAUCGCUACAAUGACCCAAUCGCUUAUAUCGACCAUUCAAUUCUCCACAGACAUUUUCCCAAUGACAUUAUUUCAUUCUCCAAACCGGAAGACCUCCCUCUUUCCUUAUUUCAUUUCCCCUCUCCCUGUUAUAAUCACUGUGAGUUAGAACUAGAAGAAGACUAUGAUGUUUUCCUCCCGCAACACCAUGAUCUGUUACUUCACCAGCAAACCUUGACGACUGAUAAUUCAGUUUCGGAUACAAUCAUCAUCAUGCCGGAUCAUUCCAGCAAGAACGAGGGGUCAACGAUAAACUGCACCAGAAAGAGCCAUAAUGCCACCGAUCAGCAGAUGGAGAAAAAAAGAAGUUCCAAGAGAGAUCGGCACAGCAAGAUUAAUACGGCUAAGGGACCGAGGGAUCGGAGAAUGAGACUGUCUCUUGAAGUUGCUCGAGAGUUUUUUGGUCUGCAAGACAUGCUAGGCUAUGAUAAAGCUAGUAGAACUGUCGAGUGGUUACUCAUACAGUCAAGGUCAGAAAUCAAGAAACUAGCCAGAAGCAAGCUUUCCCAGAUGAAUAACAGCUGCAGCGUUGCAGCUGCAAAGAGUCCCUCUUCAACUUCUGAGGGUGAGGUCGUGUCUGGAAUUGAUAAGGCAGCUGUCGAAGGCAGCAUCUCUAAGGGGAAACCUUCAACGAAAGAGAAAAAGGUUAGACAGCCACGUAAAAUCACUUUCCGCCCUCUUGCAAGGGAUUUAAGGGAAAAGGCCAGGGCAAGGGCGAAGGCUAGAACAAAAGAAAAGACCAUGCGGGCUCAAAGGUUCGAUGAAUCAAAGCUAUGUGACGACACCCGAAACGAUGAUCUGAAUAAAUUCAGUUAUUGGAGCUCCGUUGAGACUGGUGAAGAAUCUGGUUCUCAACAUCACAUUAGGAACCCUUCCUUCCAGGCCGCGGUAGCUGAGGUUAAAGAGCUUAGCUCCCGCAACCGUGAACACAUAAGGAUUCAUGGAGACAUGGGUGAUGAAUCCUUAGCAAUUAUGAAUAAUUUCACUUUCAAUUGUCUACAAAACGCUGGAAUUCACCAAGAGCAUCAGCUCACAAGCUUCCUAUCCUUUGGCAAAUCAUGGGACUGCUACAAUAAUCAGAGUCUGUAACAACUUGGUUUAUCUCUUACUUCUUCAGUUCUUUGAUGUGCCAUGUGGAUAAAUAUUAGAGGCAUGCUAUGUUAUUGCUUUCUUUCUGUUUGGAAUUUUAUGUAAUAUGGACAUGUUUUUCUUUUUAUUGUUAAUCUAUUUGGAAUUUUCUUAUGGACUCUUUUGUCAAUGAUUGUUGUGUGUAAUUAUCUUUAGAAAAAAUAAUGUCAUGCUUUCCUUGUUUC